CAUCGUAUUUCAUUUAUGAUUAUGACGAGUUCGGUGAUGUCCAGUGCUUAAAUCUUGCAAACUGUGCAUGCAUGGCUUAAUAAAAACUGUAUUCUUUUAAACAAAAUCCAUCAAACUAUAUAUCCAUGAAACCCAAUCUAAGUGAAACGCAAUCCAGAAAGUAGUACACAUUUUACUUCAAGACAAGUAUAAAAAUUGGAUGAGACGCAUAUUCGUGAGGUGUUCUUGUUCUAAUUUCAGACCAUGAAAUAGUGUAAUUCCAUAGAUCAGCAAUUCAUGCCGACUGCAUUAAUUUCCAGAGAAGAUUUGCUUUCAUCUGCUGAUCUGCAAAAGCAUAAAGCUUCAAAAUGUCUCGGAAGAAAUUGCUGCUCAUCGGUGCAGGACCCACAAGCUCCCUUAUCAUCCACAACCUCCAAAGUCUUCCACAUUUGAAGAAUGCAUUUGAUAUUCAAGUCUGGGAAAAGGAUCGACGUGUUGGAGGCCGAUUCUUGACCUUUCAAAGUCCCACUAGUUCAUCCUAUGGCGACUUGGGUGCGCAAUAUUUGACAUCGUCUGGCUUGUCCUUUAGUCAACCAUAUUUCAAGGAUUUACUGGACAACAAAUUAAUCAGAAGAUUGGACACGCUGAAUAUUCCUGGUUUUAAUCACGCUCAUUCUGUUGGAAAAGUUAACUAUGUUUGUACCUCAGGAGCUGCGUCCAUUGUUGAGCACUUUUUUCAUCAGGCUGAUAACAUUUCUCUCAGUUUUGAUAAGCAUGUGACAGGAAUUAACACCUGCAACAACGGUCAAGUCAGUGUGAUCACGAAGGGAGGAGAUCAAGAAAAUUAUGACAUUGUAAUUACAACCAUUCCAGUGCCUCAGCUCUUAAAAUUGUCUGGUUCUGUUUUUGAAGAAAACUCCGCAUUACAAGAAAAUCUCAGAAAAGUUCAAUACACAACCAGAUUUGCUCUAGGGUUGUUUUACGACAGCAAAGAAGGUCCCUUCGCAAAUUUGCAAGACUCUCAACCACUAAAUUUCAUAGACGAUCCGAUUAUACGAUAUUGGUCGGUGGAGAAUAGAAAGCGAGGGACAGAAGAUCAUGAACAAUGUGCAAUUGUAGCGCACACAUCGGUAAUGUUUGGGGCUGAGAACAUGAAUAAAUCGCCCGACUCUGUAAAAGACCUUCUUUUGGAGAAAGUUUACGAAAAUUUGAAACCAGCAAUUAGCAGCACAAAGCUUCAUCACUUUGUCAAGUGUCAUAAAUGGAAAUAUUCCCAAGUAGCAAACCCAUACCUAGGAACUCCUGGUUUCGUUGAACUUACAAAGUCUGUCAUUGCUGCCGGUGAUGGUUUUGUGCGAUCAGGAUUUGAGGGAUGCAUAGAAUCGUCGCAAAAAACUGUCGAGUUCUUGUUGAAAUCGUUGAUUUAAGAAUUUGGCCUAAAUUGUUAGUAAUAAUUUAUUACUGCAUAAUGCUAUACUGAAUAUUGUUAUUUAUUUUUUACAUCAUGAUUGAUUAUAAUGUUAUUAUAUAUGUAUUGUGGCACAGGUCAAUAUAAAUAAUUAUUUUUUUGUGGCACUGCAUGUAUAUUGAGGAAAACUCUUGAGCAAAUUUCGAUCCAUUUUCAUGAUUAUUUGAGCAGAGCUGUACGUUCAUCAUCGCCGAAAGGAUGUUUUUGAUUGACAGCAUAUCUUUGCAAUUCUUCUGAUGUUCGUUUCACCGUGUCCUUGAUGCUUUCUGGAAGUUGUUCCCAUUGAGUUUCACCUGGGUGUGGUGCAAAAUAGUCUUCCCAAACUCUUGUGAAAGGCAAUUUCCUCUCUUCUGAAAAAUUGAACAUGAUUUACACAUUUUGUUGGAAUGAAGCAUAUGCGGAUGAAAUAUAGAGGAUUGAAUACUUUCUGGUUUUCUGAAACAGGGACAUGCACAACGGCAAAACGACUCCCAGCAGCUUGACACAUUAUCAGUGAAUCCCAUAAUAAAUGCAAAUAGCAAUCUCCCUAUUUAAUUGCAAAUUAAAACACUGCUCUGGUUGGUACAAACAAAUAUAUGUAAUUAUUUAUUUUUGCAUCAAAAUAUGUGUAUGUGCUUUUUUGAUAUAUUUUUUUAUUACGCAUCCUUGCAAUUCCAGUUACUCUGACAUUUCAAAAUAAAUUCGAAGAAUUUCAAAUAACA